AUAAUUUGAAAUUCUUAGAAUUUAAAAUUUUUCAGAAUUUAAAAUUUCCUUAUCUAAACACACUCUAAGAGAAAUUUGGGAUAGUUUCUUGAAUUUCCCAGCAUCUUUUUAAGAAUUGGAUGCAUUUUAGUUUUCUAGGGUUGUUGGUGGAAUUUACUUAUUGAAUUGAGUUUGCAACCUGUGAAAAUGAAAUGUUUAUGUAAUAAAUGUUUGUAAAGUUUUAUGAUUGUAAGUACAAAUCUAUGAGGCAUGCAAUUCUCUUUACUGAUUGGAAAUUGCAAUCAGCUAACUCCAAGGAUCAAGCUGUUAGAUUUUAAAGUUGAUAUGGGAUUUUUCUGAUUGAAACAUGUUGAUACUUGAUAGCUUGCCUGAACAAUUUUCUUUGUUGAAUUACUGUAGUGUGCAGAACUUUUAAUGUCUAACUAUUAUUAUGCAUUAUAAAUGUUACUUGAUUUUAAUGGUCAUUGGUUUAUACGUUUUGGAGGAUGAAGGGGGUGUCGGUACAAUUGAAGUUCCACCAAAUGUUGGCCCUACUAUUAAGGCAAUAAUGUUGUCUCGCAGAUGGAGGCUGCAAUGGCUGCAUUGGCAAUUCCAUCUGAGCAAGCAGCUACGUACAGGAAGGGCAUCCCCAGGAAUGCUCGAUCAUAUCAUUGUUGAAACAAGUGGUUUGAAGAUGCCUUUGAAUUGGCUUGUUGUUGUUUCAGUCUUAGAUCAAAAAACCUUGCAGAGACACUUAAACAAUUAGAGAAUGCCAUUGUUUCAUCUCCAUUGGGCUAAAUCCUAAAUCAGAUGGUGAAAGAUUGAUUGCUGUUAUUCAGCCGUAAGCACACAUGCUAUUGACAUUCAGUUACAUGCCUGUCUGAGUGAAUUUGGCCUGAUAUAGUAGCUAUAUAAGAACUUGACUUUCAAGCUCAAUAUUAAUCAACUAAUUUACUGCUUCUUCACCAUGAAAAUGACCAGAUUGACCAAAGAGCAUAUUCAGGCUAUGACUAAGUUGGUUGCUAAAUCAUGUGAAGAUGCUAGUCAAAGUAUUAGAAGAGCCCAGCAAAAGGCAAUGGAUGCAAUAAAGAAGUUGUAUUCAAGUCUCCCCAAAGAUGACAUAAAAAGACUGGAGAAAGAAGUUGAUGAUUUGACAAAAAAAAAAAAUAUCAAGACUGCAGAAGAUGUAUGCAAGGUGAAAUAGAAGGAAAUUAGUCAAGGUUGAGAUAAGGCAUUGUUGUCAUUUUUUCUUGGAGGAUUAACUGCUUCGUUUCUCCUUUGAAUUUGCUAGGACCUGAAAUUUGUCUGGUCUUAGCUGAGUGUCAGUCAAAUCAGUCAUAUUAUAUCUAUCAGUAGUACUAUUCUAGUGUUCUGGUAAUUUUUUUAUUACAUUGGUGCAGGCUGAUGUGCAUUGUGGUUGAUCAACAUCUUAUGCUUAUCGUAACUCCCUUGGUCCAAAUUUGUGAAUGUUCUGUUCUCAUCAUGGAGGGUGUGUAUAAAUUCAAGGAGGGGAUAUAUAAACUAGUCGAAGCUGGCAUUCAAUUAACAAGAGUUAAUGAUAGGGUUUGUUGGCAUCAAGUUCAUUGUAUCACAUGUUUUGUAGACUUGAUAUUAUCAUUGCUUGAUGCUGUUCAUACUUUCUGGAAUGUUACUUUUUUCAUUAGUUUAUAAUGUUUGUUACUAA